AUGACCAACAUAGCAGCCAUCGAAGCCGCCAACGCGCAGUACGCCGCCUCUUUCAACAAAGGCCACCUCCCGAUCCCCCCAAAACGACGUCUUCUCCGCCUCGGCCUCACCGAAGGCGACGCACACAUCAUCCGCAACGCAGGCGGACGAGCCAGCGAGGCCCUCCGCAGUCUGAUAAUCUCGCAGCGGUUGCUUGGGACGGAGGAGGUUGUUAUCAUUCAUCAUACGGAUUGCGGGAUGCUCACGUUCAGCGACGAGGAUAUCAGAGCGAAGAUAAAAGAGGAGCUUGGCGAGGAUGCUUCAGAUAUUGAGUUCCUGCCGUUCAAGGAUCUGGAGGAGAGUGUGAGGGAGAAUGUGAGGUUUCUGCGGGGAAGUAGGCUUGUCCAGGGGGUUGUGACCGGGUAUGUGUAUGAGGUGGAGAGGGGGAGGUUGGUUCGGUUAGAAGUUGAGUGA